UGCAAGGACUCCUUUCUCUCAUUGUUUGAGUGACUGCAGGUAUUGGUGUCUGCCUCUGAGCGCGCGCGCGUGUGUGUCUGGGAGUGUGUGUGUUGGAGAGGGAAAGAGAUAAAAAGAGAGUGAGGCGAGCAGCGUUUCUUCUCCCCCUCUAGCCUCCCCGUCUCCCUGCUCCCUGUCACUCCAUUCUUCUUCCUCCCGGACCACCCUGCCUCCAGUCGGAUAGACCCUGGACCUCCCCAGGACCCUCCUCCCAUCACCCCUUUGACUCUCCUCACUUCUCCGACCAGCUUUGUCAACUGAGCAGUUUUUCCAAUGAAUCCAAUAUAAACCUGAAGAGGAACAUAUUAUUGGACACUGUUAAACCAUUUGACGUGGUCACCAAGGAAGCAUUGCUCAGUUGGAACGGCACUGGACAGACGGAAGUCUCCCCAGUCCUCUGGAAGGUUGACAGCACAAGGUCACAUGACCUGGAAGAGAAAACCCAGGAGACUUUUGGGAUCCCUCUUUGAAUGGGCCGGUUAUCAACCUGGAGACAAGUCUAAAGGCUGAUGAACUGAUCCGCACGGAGACGAAGCUGUGCUCGGUUGUCCCCUCUGCUCUCUGCCAAACGGCUCCAUUAAUGCCCUGAGAACACACGACCUAGCGCAACUCUGAAGGAAUCUGUUACAAGGCAAAAAGGCAGAUUGAGGCCUUCAAUCAAAAUAAGGACUGAGAAAUUGCAUGCAUUCAACAACCUUUGACGAAGGACUUCCACAGGACCGCCAUCUCCAAAGUUCUGAACUGGGUGACUUGCUGGCUACUGUACCAUCACACUCCUUCCAUUCCUGAGGAAACCCUCUUCACGACCACACUCCUCCUCUCUUCACCUCCACUCCCAGUAUGGAACCCAACAAAGUCCAGCCAGAGGGCGGCCUCAAUGUCACCCUCACCAUCCGCCUCCUCAUGCACGGCAAAGAGGUUGGAAGUAUUAUUGGCAAGAAAGGGGAAACAGUGAAGAAAAUGCGUGAGGAGAGCGGAGCACGAAUCAACAUCUCCGAGGGCAACUGCCCCGAGAGGAUCGUCACCAUCACUGGCCCAACACACGCCAUCUUUAAGGCCUUUGCCAUGAUUGCCUAUAAGUUUGAGGAGGAUAUAAUCAAUUCCAUGAGCAACAGUCCAGCCACCAGCAAGCCCCCUGUCACUCUGCGUCUGGUGGUGCCAGCCAGCCAGUGUGGAUCUCUCAUUGGGAAGGGAGGUUCCAAGAUAAAGGAGAUGAGAGAGUCCACAGGGGCACAGGUUCAGGUGGCAGGGGACAUGCUGCCUAAUUCCACAGAGCGUGCCGUGACAAUCUCUGGGACCCCUGAAGCCAUAAUCCAGUGUGUCAAACAAAUCUGUGUGGUCAUGCUGGAGUCCCCACCGAAAGGUGCCACCAUUCCCUACCGCCCAAAGCCCGCCUCCACCCCCAUCAUUUUUUCAGGUGGCCAGGCCUACACAAUUCAGGGACAAUAUGCCAUCCCACACCCAGAUUUCUACUGUCGCUCCUACCCCCCUCAGCAGUUGACCAAGCUCCACCAGUUGGCUAUGCAGCAAACCCCCUUUACCCCCCUCGGACAGACCACCCCUGCUUUCCCUGGUUUGGAUGCCAGCCCCCCGGCCAGUACUCAUGAACUCACAAUUCCAAAUGAUCUAAUAGGCUGCAUAAUCGGGCGCCAGGGAACCAAAAUCAAUGAGAUCCGACAGAUGUCUGGGGCGCAGAUCAAAAUCGCUAACGCCAUGGAGGGCUCGUCGGAGCGCCAGAUCACCAUUACAGGAACCCCCGCCAACAUCAGCCUUGCCCAGUACCUCAUCAACGCAAGGUUCAGGGAUGUGGCUGCCAUGUGGAAUGACCCGUCAUCCAUGACAACAUCCUGAGGCCCAAAUCUGGUUCCACUAUCAAGAAGCUAACAGCAGCAACUGUCUCCCCAAUAACCCCAUGUAUACUCCCACAGAACUUAAUGGCUCCCUGAUUCCCUUAGCACUUGACAGUUAAGCUUUAGCAGCUUUGAAGAGGCUAACAAGGCUAUUUGUAAAGCAAAGUGAAAAAAUGUGACUUGAUUUCUGUUCAUGUAAUGUAAAGAGUUACGUAUAGUGUUUCAGCAUGCCGAAUGCUUAGGAUAAUUGUUACAUUAUUUUUUUGUUUAAGUUUGCCGAUUAAAUCUUGUAGUUCCUUGUCAGGAAAGUAACAACAUGUAUAAAAAGUGGAAAACAAAACAAUAUUGCUACUCAGAUUGCUACUGAGCAAUGCUAUUGGCCAUGAUUCUAGAGUGAUGUGAUAUGUUUGUGAAGAGAUAUUGCUGUGUCAAAUUUGGAAUUAAAAGGAAGUGCUUUUUAUAUAAAUAGUAAGCAGGUUUCGGGAGGUUCUCCAUUUUGCAGGGAAACUUAAAUUAUUAAGUCGACAACUUCCAUUGUGAUAGAAGACUACAUUUGAACUCACACUAUUCUUAGUUCAAGAGACUUAGAUACAGGUUUUUCGAUUAUGGAAAAUCCAGAAUUAGCUGGAACAUUUUGGAUUGGUUUUUAUUAAAGUGCAUCAUAAAAUCCAUAUGCAUGACCAAUAUACAGGAGUAAAUGUAACAUGGAGACCUAAAAAACAGAAUGCUGCAGAGCUUUCACUGUUGUGCGAAAGUGUCCAAUCUCUGAAUAGUUUUUUUCUCUCUAUGUUUUCUCUCUUUUUCCUUCAACCUUCCCUUCUCCCCUCUUCCUUAACUGUUCUAGGCUGACGUCUGAAGUCACUGGAAUGUGAACACUAAUUUCUACCCAUCAUUCUUCACUGCAUCACAUUAUCCUUGUGCCAAUGGCAUUGCACCUUUAUUUUUGUUCUCUCUGUAUUUAUCUGUCCUGCGCCUUUAAGUGAUCCUAACUGAUUUAUCAUAUGUAAAGUAAACAUGAUACCCACACUGUUAACUUGAUUCUCCUCACCUUCCCUCAACCGACUAUUUUCAAAGGACACUUUGACACUCUAGUACCUUCCAUGACAUUCCUGGCACUUGGCAUUAUCAUGUGUUUCACUGUGAAUUCAGUUUAUUUCAUCCUUUUAAAACACAUCUAUCGUGUGAAUGCUCAUAAUAUAUGCAGGGCUUGAGAGAGACUAACCAUCCCAGAAUCAUCCCAAAGUGCAAUUUCAAACGCACCAAACUGAAAAUAAACUGUCCCAAAUUAAAAUA